UCGGGUAUUUUAUUAUUUAUUUAUUUAUCUAAACUAUUUAUAUACACACAUUAAUAUUUAAUAUCUUGAAUUAGAAGUUGAUACCUCAGAUACCUACUCAUUAAUCAUUAUAGACCAUAAUAUACGAGAUUAUAUGCACUGAAUAACACUCAGUGUCUAUCACAUUAUUAUAUGUUUUCGUUUACUGUACAAUUGUGGUGAUAACAAAUCAAUUUUUGACAGAACUACGACUAGAGUACAGAAGACUAGGAGAGUUAAGACUAAUUAGACUAACAAUUUUGUUCCUAUUAUGUAUUAAUUAGUACAUACAAAAUAGCUAAUUACUUGUUGUUCCUUUAAUAAUUUAAAUUUUUCCGUUUGUAUAUGUACAAACAGUUACAACAGCUAUUAACCAUAACAAAAUGGAUUUUGAAAGCAAUUUUCUGAAGAAAUAUGGAAUUUUGAAAUGGGAUGAGUUUACCGUGCUGAACAAUGACCGUCUGUCAGUCAAUGAAAAAAUCACUAACAAGGUGAUCACCGAGUCCGAGUUGCUACAACAGUUUAAAGUGGAGUUGAGUUUGCUUAAUUCUUGUAAAAUAAAAAUCAAAGACGAGUUGGAAAAAACUCAUGAUGUUAUCGACACUGGAAUACUCACCCUUUUGUGCAAGCGUAUUAUUGACUUGUUUGACCAUAUGCAUGUAUUGUUUUCCAUUAAAAAAGAGCUGUUAUCUGAUUAUAUCAACGUUUGUCAAGAUAAUGCACUCUAUAUAAAUGCAGAGCAGUUAGAUAUUUUGUUAGACGCUGUUUUGUGUUUUGGAGAUGAUCAACAUAUUUGGAUACAACUAUUAAAGCUUCAUUUGAAAUUAAACAACUUAGAUAAGCUGAUGAAUGUUUUUCAAGAAGGUGUUCGUUCAUUGAAGGAGAAUUCACUACCUUUAUGGAAGAUGAUAAUUAGAUAUUUGGGAGAUAAGCGUCCAGAUAUGGUUAGAACAUUACUUGAAGAAGGAUCAAAUAUAUCAUACGAAAAUAUUUCUAUGGAAAUCAGACCUAAAUAUUUAAAAUGGUGUAUAGAGUUUGAGGACAUAGAUGUUACUCGAAAAAUAUUCAACGAGCUAAAAGUCUUAAAGCCACCAUGUUGUAAAUUGUAUUUAACAAUGAUAGCUAUUGAAUCUGAGGAAUCAGAUUUUGAAUUAGAUACUGCAAGAAAAUUGUAUGAUGAAGCAUGCACUUUGUUUGGCAAAGAUAACAUUGGAUUGUGGAUUGAUUAUGUACGUUUUGAACAAACUAAAGGCUCAAUGGUAUUAAAAAGAAGGAUUUGUAAUAAAGCAGUAUUUACUUUGGAAUACAAUUUAAAGGAUAUUUUUGUAGAUGAAUAUUAUAGUCUUGAACGUGAAUAUAGGAAAAAAUUAUGUGCUGGACUUAUAAUCAUUGAGGAUUGAAAUAUAUACACAGAUAUAUUAUGUAUAUAUAUAUAAAAGAAAAUUGCAAAUUUAUUCAGAGAUGUUUUAUUCUCCAUGUUAUAUUUAUUUUUGUAAAAAUUAAUACUGUAAGUGGAUCAUUUAAUAAUUCGUAUAGAAUUUAGUUUCUUUGGUUUGUGUGCAGUAGUUUAUUGCAAAAAGCAAGUAGUGUAAUACAGUGAAACUUUUUUUAAUGAUUUACUUUUAAAAAUCUCUAAAUAUAUAAACUAUCAUCUCUGUAAAGCUGUAAUUUCUCCUGAUUCCUCUGGGGUUAUAGUAGAGAAAUCUCACUGUAGCAUAUAAACAAUAGUAAAUUUAUCUAUAGAAAGUUCACGAUAUCGAUUUCUAUUAACAAGUAUUACGUUAAAUAUAAUUUAAUAGUUGUAACUUAUUUUAACACUUGAUUUUUUUUUUUUUUAUUAGCAUAGUUGUCAUUUUUACAAUAUUAAAAUUAAAAAUAUGUUUUUAAUGAACUGUAAUGUUAAAUUUAUAUUUCUAAUAAUCAGUGUCCACAUAACCCUCGGCAG